AUGUCCGGACUCAACGUCCUAUUGAAGAGAAUACCAUACAAGUUCAAAACUCCGUCCCUUCUUGACAGUAGGGCCUUUAUCGGGGGGCGCUGGACACCUGCAGCAUCUGGAGCAACAUUUCCUGUCUAUGAUCCAGAAGAUAACCAAGUAGCAUACAAGAUUGCGAAUAUCUCUCGGGCGGAAGUAAAGACGGCAAUCGGUGCCGCACAGACAGCCUCGAAACAAUAUAAGCAACUCACCCAUCGCAAUCGCAAGAAUUUACUCCGCAAAUGGACCAAUUUGAUAAAGGGAAAUCGUGAUGAUUUGGCAGCUAUUUGCACGCUGGAGCUCGGAAAACCCAUUACCGAGUCUUAUACAACUGUCGACUAUGGAAUCAGUUUCCUUGAGUGGUUUGACGGUGAGAUCGAGAGACUAUAUGGGGAGACUAUACCGGCGGCCCGUGGAAGCAAUCGCAUCAUGACUUCUCGUGAGCCCCAAGGCGUAGUUGCGGCAGUGACACCGUGGAACUCACCCGUGGCCAUGAUUCUUCGAAAAGUCGGCGCUGCUAUUUCAGCUGGAAAUGCAGUUGUUCUCAAGCCUGCACCGGAAACCCCGAUGUGUGCCAUUGCGAUCGCAAAACUGUUUGAGCAAGUGGACUAUCCCGAAGGGACCCUUAAUAUUGUCACUGGUGACGCUGCAGCAUCUGUAGAUAUCGGAGACGAGAUGUGUCACAAUCCGGCAGUGCGACAUUUGAGCUUCACAGGAUCAACUUCCGUGGGAAAACUCCUUAAUACAGAAUGUGCGAAGCAUUUGAAGAAGACUAGCAUGGAGCUGGGUGGGAAUGCACCAUUUAUUGUGUUUGAAGAUGCCAACAUCCAGAAGGCGGUUGAUGGUCUCAUCGCUUGUAAAUUCCGAUCUUCUGGACAAACAUGCGUAUGCGCUAACCGCGCUUUUGUCCAUCAUUCCAUCAUCGACGAAUUCGCAGAAAGACUCCAGACAACAGUUGAUGGCCUUUUCAAAUACGGGUCAGUAUGGGACCCGGAUGUUAAUUUUGGCCCCCUAUACUCUCCCCGGGGCGUAGAAAAAGCAAUGUCGCACCAAGAAGAUGCAGGGGGUUUUAUUAAGGAAGACCUGGGACCGAACUUCUAUGUUCCGACCAUUCUUACUGGCGGCCCAUCGCAAGAAAUGCGCUCAUGGACCCAAGAGACCUUCGGUCCUGUCAUGCAUUUAACCCCAUUUGAGACGGAGGAAGAGGUUAUCAAGCUGGCCAACACGAAAGAAAGCGGGCUGGCCUCAUAUUUCUAUACUGAAGAUAUUUCUCGAGUAUGGAGAGUUUCCGAGGCUCUAGAGACGGGUAUGGUAGGUGUGCGGACAGGACUCGUGAGCGCGUGCGAGCAGCCCUUUGGAGGAAUCAAAGAAAGUGGAAUUGGGCGUGAGGGUUCCAAAUUUGGGGUUGAGGACUACACUAACAUCAAGAGUAUUACUGUUGGCCUUUGA